GGACAUGACUCGAAAUGUAGCCUAUCCUAUGAGCCUAUCAGUAUAUGUUUGAUUCCAUAUUUACCCGUCGCCAUUUUUAGAGUGGAGGACGAGUAGUUUCAUAGGGGGCGCACGAGAGAAAUCGGGACAGUUAUUAUCCGUUUUGGGUAGCAACACUGAUUUUCUGAGGCGAAAUCACAAGAACUCUGAUUAGGGUGCAUUGCCAUACUGUUUUUUAGUUAUUCCAAAGACCGGGCCGUUAUUUAGGCUAAUUAGGAUUUCAAUACCAGCGGCCUUUACACAUAACUGUGUUCAUAAGGACGUCCUCAGUUCCACUUGAUUUGUCACUGCAUCUCAGAAUAGGAUUAGAUUCGAGAGGAGGGGCUAGGAGUGCUACACUACUCCUAUUUCCCUCCGAUCUGUUUGACGCUAGCUAUGCACAACUAGGAAAUGCGCAAGUUUCGCGAUGCGCCAUUGCGCGGAUGCGCGCAUUUAAGAUGUUGGACAGUAGCAAAAUGUGUUCUGGCCUUUGAGGAAGACAUCCGCUGUCAUCAUCUCUAACCUCUUUGAACCGAAGUUAACCCUGUAAGGAUGCCGCCGCAGAGAGUGUUCGCUCUGCCGAGGCAACAGUCACUUCUUCUUCCAGCGGUUCUCAAUCCGUUUGUCCUAGAACAGAAAAUAACCAAGGCCGAAAAAAUUAAAUGUGCACUCCUGGGGCUGGUGCUGCUGCCACUUCGGUCUGUCUGGCUGAUCUUGGUGUGCCUGGUAACAUGGCCUUUGGCUACUCUAGUCACUUUCAGAAUGCCCCUCAAAGGAGCAGUAGAGCCCAUGAAGGGAUGGAGAAGGUUUGUGUGCCGGACGGUGAUAGCCGCUCUGGGCCGGAUGUACUUCUUCGGCCUGGGCUUUCGGUGGGUGGUGAAAGGCAAACAGGCGGAUAGCGGUGAGGCGCCCAUCUUGGCUGUUGCACCACACUCCAGCUUCUUCGACGCCAUUGUGUGCAUCAUCGCUGGACUCCCUUGUACAAUUUCCCGCUCAGAGACCCUGUCCACGCCAAUAUUUGGCAGGUUUCUGCGUUGUCUGCAGCCUGUGCUGGUCUCUCGUAAAGAUCCAGACUCUCGUAAGAACACCAUAAAGGAGAUUGAGAGCAGGUCCACGUCAGGAGGAGUCUGGCCUCAGGUGUUGAUCUUCCCUGAGGGAACGUGUACCAAUCGAUCCUGUCUUAUCUCAUUCAAACAAGGUGCCUUCAUCCCUGGUGUCCCAGUACAACCUGUGAUCCUCAGAUACCCCAAUAAACUGGACAAUGUGACUUGGACAUGGCAAGGCCCAAGUUCGGGAACUUUGCUUCUUCUGACUCUGUGUCAGCUCUACACAACGGUGGAGAUUGAGUUCCUGCCCACUCAAAUCCCCACUGAGGCUGAGAAGAAAAGCCCCUAUCUUUUUGCACAGAAAGUGCGAGGAGUCAUGGCCGAAGCCCUGGGCGUCCCAGUGACGGACCACACCUUUGAGGACUGCAGGCUCAUGAUCUCUGCUGGGGAACUGACCCUUCCUAUGGAGGCUGGCCUCGUGGAGUUCACCAAGAUCAGCAGGAAGUUGGACCUGAAAUGGGACAACAUCCAGAAAGAACUUGAAAGCUUCGCCGCCAUAGCCAACUCCUGCAAGGGCGGUCGCAUUAAGAUCGAGGAGUUUGCAAACUACCUCAAGAUUCCUGUUACUCCUGUCCUCCAAGAACUGUUCAAUCUCUUUGACAGGGAUGGGGACGGUACCAUUGACUUUAGAGAGUAUGUCAUUGGUGUUACUGUUUUAUGCCGACCUGCCAACACAGAAGAGGUUAUUCAAAUGGCUUUUCAGCUCUUUGACACUGAUGAUGACCAAAGCAUCAGUCGAGAGGAAUUUGCUCAUAUGCUACGCUCUGCUUUGGGCGUAUGUGAUCUCAAUGUCACCAAACUCUUCAAAGACAUCGAUGCAGAUGGGUCUGGCCACAUUACCUAUUCUGAGUUCCGGACCUUCGCCCUGACGCACCCGCAAUAUGCCAAACUGUUUACCACCUACCUGGAGCUGCAGCGCUACCAAGCCCUCAAGGGGGAGGACCAGGACUUCCUGAGCUCUUAUGCCUGCGCACGCUCAGACGACAGCCAGGAGGAGAGCACCUCCGACAAGAAAGACGAUUGAAAAAGGGGUCUGCUCUGGAAAGACUUGGCCCUUCUCUAAUGCACUGAACUGAACUGUACUGAACUGUCAGAACCACUAGAGCUAUGGCUGAGUUGGUAUGUGAAAAGGUACCGGUCUGUUGUAAAGAAGUCAGCCAGAUUUAUGGAACCCCCUUUUUUAAAUCCGCCUUAGGAGAAAAGGCUUUUGUGUAGAAAGAUAAGCUGCCCCUUCAUAAAUAAGUCUAGAAAAAGGUCAUCAUAUCUUGAUCUUAAUUGGGAGUUAAUUCUCAAAGUAAUAACUGAUUUCAGCCGUUUUAGCAAUCAGUGCUUUAACAUGAAACUGGAACAUACAAAACUCUCUAUGAUCAAAAUAAAUUUAACUUAAAUAUAAUCAUGCCUUUUCUCCCCGAAGCGCUUUAUUUUUAUGUCUUGGGCUUGGUGUUUUUAAGACCACUUAUUGUGCCAGUGUUGUAGUUGUUUUUUUAUCUCUUUAAUAUUGGUAAUAAUAAAAUAGUUUUUUAAGACCAGUAAUUGACUUCGACCCCACCGCCCAAAAGACAAUUGACUUGAAUCUCCUUCCAAAGCCUUUGGUUAAAACUGGCUUUGUUUUAAUGAUAUGGGCAAGGAAACUGGCUUUGUUUUAAUGAUAUGGGCAAGGAAACUGGCUUUGUUUUAAUGAUAUGGGCAAGGAAACUGGCUGCCUUAUAGAUAUUCAUUUUUGUACUCUUAUUGCGAAAUAUUCCUAAGACAAGCAGCUACCCGAAGAAAAAAGUCACUGGAGUUUCUUGCCCAAGAGAUUACACAAGGAGUGCUGGGCUUCUUCACUUCCUCUCUCUCUCCGCUCAGGGACUCUGCUUCGAAAAGUCGGCAGUAAUCAAAGGUUUUGCUUUGUAUCUGUUUCUAUUUGCAUUUCUAUUUAAGAACAGUGGUGCUGAGGCAGCAGUGUAUCCCUGCAGCUUUUGUAGGCUAAUGCCCAGCAACUACAGAAAAAAUAGGGCAAUUUGUGAGCAAAAAGGCAACACCACCGACAUACAAGCCUGUGUUCCAGGGGGAGGCAGGUUUCAAAUUCAUCUACAUUGUUAUUUACUUAGCCAUGCAGGAGCCAAUUAUAAAUGAUUUUUGUUAACACAGCACAUUUAGCUUAUUUUGCAAUAAAAUCUUUGAAUUUC